AUGGCGCCUGAAUUUAUCACUACACUUUACGAAGAAAGGCCAAUCGCGAAGAGCAAAGUCAGCGUAGCAGUUUGGUCCCCGAAAAUGGAUAUUAUUGCCAUUGGAUCACCAAAUGGAAUGGUAUCGCUGCAUCGGUACAAAUUGGGCUUAACUUGGGAGGUGCGUUCACCUCAUCCCGGUGGGGUCACCCACUUGGCAUGGCGGCCCGAUGGGAAGGUCAUAGCCGCAGCCUAUGAGUUCGGACGGCUGCACUUCCUGAACCUACUGGACGGCAGUCUCCUCCGUGUGCUGGAAUUCAACGACGCCACUAUUCAAGACCUUGUCUGGGUUUCUUGUGGUAAUGCCGCACCCCUCAAACAGUCCUUCUUUCCUCCCUUCGAGUCACUUUCGGUUUUCUCAGAUGAUUUAUUCUCGAACCGCCACGAGGUCACGCAGUUGUCAAAACCCUGGCUUGAUCCCGACUCAAGUCCGUCGGUUCUGGUUGUGUAUUUUGACGAUAUUGUGAGGCUGUUCGGUUGCGGCGUCUGUGAAUUCGCCUCCCUCAAACUGCCACACGAAACUACAUCGAGGCAAACAAAGGUUUGCGAUUCCUUUGUCACAAAAGACAUGUCCUACCAUUGCUACUUCGCUCUCUCAAAAGACGGUCUCCUUAAUUUCAACAAGAUCUCGUCUCGGCGUCUUGUUGAACACUGUCUCCCUCUACGAAACCUAUCUCUCCACGUCGCCUCCCUUCUUCACUCGAAACAGCUUUUGCUCUGGAGUGUGAAACAGUUGAAGAAUGCUUGGGAGGAUACAUUGUUGGAGCUCGACGCGAAGCUAACAGCCUACUCCCGUGAGCGUCUGCGCACCUCGCCAAAUUGGUCGCUUCGAAAUGAACUCCUCGAAGUUAUCCUCUUCGGACACGUCUCGCCGCAGCUGCAAAUCUUCCUCAAGGCCGAAUGGACACCGGCAGCCAUCCGACGUGCUGGAAUUGCUAUGUUUAAGGCCUAUGACACUAUGAAAUCCAUCACAUUUCAGCAGUUGCAGUACGGUCUAAUGCAGUUGAUAUGCGAGGCGAGUGAACUGCUGGGUUGUGCGCGAGAUAAGCAGGCCUACGGCUGCUUUGGCAUCACCGAAGACGCCGUCGUGGAGUUGAUUCGCGACGCCGGAAGCACGCUUCAGAAGACGCUGGAACUCCACAUGAUUGUAGAUCACUGUAGUCACUACCUACGGCCUUUCUUCAAGUGGCUAUACGGAGUUGCAGUCUCGAGUGAUGGUACCAAGCCAACUUCAGAAAAAUCCAAUAGGAAGGUAACACCCACGGAACGAGAUCUAAUCAUUACCUUCGUGUCGGAACAGCUCAGACCCAUUUUUAUCCAAGGCGAAUUAAAGAGCUAUCAGAUAGAACUGGUUGAACAGUACAUACGAACGGGCGGAGUUACAAGGCCCCUGGAAGAGGUGUUCGGCAUUACCGCUGAAAGCGAACACUUUAAUCGAGCCAAACUGCGCGACAUUAUUCCUCUCCCCGGUGGCGCGUUAGCCGAAAGCGUUCCUGAAGGCGUGUUUACGCCCACCAAUGCGAGUCUAGCAGACCUCAUCGAGGUCGUUCUCAUUGGUCACAUCGAUAAGAUGGCCGCGUCGGGCAGGGAACAAUCAUUACCUGGGGAUUUCUUCGAUGCCGCGGAAACGCCUGUUCCCCUCAUGUCAAACGUGCUCGAUUCCUCCCGCAUGUGCCUCUGUCAUUUCUCCCACCUGCCGGAGCCUCCCGAGAAUGAAUUCGGUCUCCCGACUGUGCGCAACCAAGUUGUCGCCAACGCCAUCAAUCUGGUUGCCUUCGUGCGACCAAGAAAUGAGGGCGAUUGUCAGUGUCUCACCGACUCCAUCGUUGUCUACACCUUCGAUCAUGCAGGUUGUGGGUGCGGCAUCUGCAUACGUGUGGAUGACGUCUUCGGUGACAGGAACGCGUCAAACAUGUAUGUUCUGCGCUUGUCUGAACUAACCUUCGUUGCUUGACCCUACACGGUUGUUGAUUUGAAGUUCUUCUGCGUCGACACUCUCGUGGCCUUGGUUUAUCGCGAGCCCGAUGCCUCCUCCUCGGAGACCCUUCAGUGGCUCGUCUUCAUUCCACUUCACGAUUCGCUUGCCGCGGCUCCAGCGAUUCCACAGCCUGCCAUCCGCCCUCCUCCACCUCCUGCCUCGAUUUUGGACUUGCUGAUCAACGAUUCCCUGCGAAUGUCCGACCUCGUCACCAGUGCACUGCAAGUUCACGCUCUACCGCGAAAACCGUCGUGGAUGUCGGUAUACGGAGAGAGAAGAGUAAUUUUUGUGAUGUUCGACUCGGUCUGCCGUGUUUACAUAAUGGAGCGAAUUGAGGCGUCUGAAGGCGAAGACGGUGGAGACGCGAAUGUGGAAGCCGCCGAAGACGAGUAG